AUGGAUAAACAACAAAUUUUUUGUGUUCCUAGUUCUUGUUUUGCUACCAAGAAAAUCAAGAAUUUAAAGAAAAGAAAACAACGUGACUAUCAAGAAGUCGAUAAUGGAGCGAGUGGGUUGCUACUGCCACUUUUCAGCGAGAAUCCUAACUGGAUCCAGAAGCCAAAAACAAACGUCACAAUCAGUUCUACUGCUGCUUCAAGAAUUCCAGGGAGGGUUUCAAAAGAACUGAAGCUUCUUGAUGAUAAUUGGGUUAUCGAGAAUUCUGCUGAUCACGAUUCAAGAAUUAAAGAAUCUGUGGAAGAUCAAUUGGAGAGAAGGGUGGCUUUUAAUCUUAAGAUGAUGAGAUCAUCUUAUAGCUGGGUGGAUUUGCAAGAGGAGAGGGAUCGUGGGGUUUCAACUCAACUAAGUCUGUAUCAUCAUGAUCCAUUCAAGAUCAAGAAGAAGAUGAAGCCAAGUGAUUUGGGUAGUUUAUGCAGGCUACUUGUGUCUUCAGAUUUAGUGGAGAGACACAUACUUCCUUUCUUGAACGAGGAUCAAAUUAAACAGGUUGAAAUAACGAAUCAAGAAUUCGAUGGUUUGAAGGUGUGGGUUUGGGAUAUGAAUACUGGAAGUAUGCAUCAGCUGGUCUUCAAAAGAUGGAGCACUUCUAAAAGUUAUAUUUUCAAUGAUGGCUGGACAAAGUACUUCGUCAAGAGGAGGAAUUUGGUCGAAGGCGAUGAAAUUGGACUCUAUUGGGACAAUAAUCACUCAAGAUUUCACUUCAGCGUUCUGAGUAGGGCUGCUGCUGCCAGUUAA